CUAGGGGCUACGGGGACACAAUGUGGAAGGGGUUGGAUACAAUGUGCAAGGGCGAAGACAGGUAUGCAAUUCAAAUACAGCGCAAAGUUACGCCCUGCCAAGUACCGCGGGAAUCCCGACAAAGGUGCAUCGGGGAUAUACCUCUUUAAGGGAGUGAG